UCUCCUUCGUGUCCAGCGUGAUGGGUGCUGCUCUUCUAGCUGCCAACACCGAAGCGCUAGUGGUUACACUCUCCUCUUUAUACAUCGCCACUACCGGUGUCUGCAUUAACAUGCUCAGCACUAUCGUCAUCGACCUCAUCCCCACGCAGUUCAGGGCAAUGGCGGUGUGUCUGUCCCUCAUGUCAGGUCGGCUUGGAGUGACAGUCUUCAGCCUUGCAAUUGGCUUUAUCUUGGAUCACGCAUGCAAUGCAGCUUUCAUCCUCCUCAGUGUUGUCGUCCUGGCUUGCUGCUUGCUGAUGUAUCUACUUCCAGGGCCACCCAAGAGCAUCGAUUAAUGUAUUGUAUCCUGUAAUUUCGUUACCACGCAAUUUGCUUUCUAACUGUAAUUCAUACUCAAUGUACACUAAGUUAUAACAAUAAAAGCAUUGCCAUUUUAAA